GGAGAAGAAAGCCAGACUCACUGGUGACGUACAGUAUUUGUAAACUUGGCGACCGUAGAUCAUAGGGAACUUAACGCUCCCACCCGUUCGCCAGGAAUCCGACACCAAGCUGUUCCCAAAGGCAUUUACCAGUCGCUUAAUUUACAUCUUUGCCUUAUGUGUUGGUAUUGUCAAAAAUUAACAGCCAGUUAACGUUAGUAUCAGUCAAAGUAACAAAUGACGAACCGGCCACCUCGUGCGCCCUCGGCUACUUUUACAAGCGACAGGAGAUUUUCACGGCUGGGAAAUGGACGUCACCCGCAAGCCCCUGCAUCACCAACUACAAAAAAACGUAGAAUACCAACAGGGCCACCUCCGACUAAUUUCAACUGCGUGAGACGUAAGAUUAUGCUGGCUCUGACACCUCUGGAGUUGAAGCUGAAGGCGUUUCAUGAAACAUAUUUGGCACCUACUGAGGAAAUUAAAAUCAAAGAAGUGAAAGGAAAAUGGGUGGAAUUGAUAGAUCUUGUUUUUUGGAAAAACAAACAAGAAAAAUCUGUGGUUGUCGACAUGAAGCAUUUGGAAACCAUUAUAAAUAAAUAUAAAAACGACAAAACUGUUACCAACAGAGCCGAACAUGCCCAGAUUCUUCACUUAAUCGAGCGACACAACAAGUUUCUAGCACUUUACUCAGACGUUCGUCAUCAGCUGCUUCACGCCGUGGUAGACAAUCUCGAAAAUUACUGUAUAAGUUUCUUCGAUGAGGCCAAGGAGCUGGACAUCCAACCAGUGCAAGAGUACGAGGAUCACAUUAUUAGUUGGGGUAUCGAACUUCACGAGAUGUUCAACAAAAUGGUUGGGCUCCAACGCGAAAUACGAAAAUGGGGUUUUGACGUCAUCCGCUAUGUCAGAAGAUACGACAAAAUUCUCAGCUACAUACAACAAAUUUUCGAAAUGUUCUGUAAGAUAUGUAAAAUGGCGCGAAGAUGGCUCAGCACAGACGAACUGUUUCCGCGUCGUUUACAACAGGAGGUAGAAGGCUUCGAGAAGCGUAAAAGAGAAAUUCAGAGUAGAGUCAGAAGCCUGCAGAUGAAACAAAACCACAUCGCGCACGAGAUACACGAGAAAAAGCGCACAGCAAACCUUGUUAAUCAAAAGUUGAAGUCGGAGCGGAUCCACGAAGCAGAUGUAGUUGACUGGGAAAUAAACAUUCAACAGCAUCUUUUUAAAACCAAAGAUGAACUCGAAGCAAAAGAAACCGUGCUUAAAGACCUUCAACGAGCUAGAAGUGCCACGCCCUCUUUCUUGACGUCCGAGAUACGUGAGAUUGAUCGAGCUUUGGAGAGUGUGACCGCUGAAAUCAAAACUAUGGAAAAUCACAUCCAUUGCCUGACGUUAGAAAGGUCUAAAGUGAGAAGAAGCCAAAGUGCCAUUGCUAUCCAUGUGCAUCAACUUGAAAAUGAAGCAGAGGACAAGGUUAAAACUCAUAAGCGUGUGAGCCAAACGCUAUCUAUCCAAGAUUACACACUACGAAUGUGCCAUGAAGAAAUCAAAAGUAUCGAUAUCAAGGUAGCAGCAUUGAGAAGAAUUUUGCAGCUGAAACUAUCACCAGAAUCUGCAAGGAAAAUAUAUUUCAAUGCUUUGGAAGCUGCAAAAAGUGCCGCGAAGCCAGAGGUAACAGUGUACGAAGCAGACAAGGAGCGUACAGUCUCGAGGCCACGCACUGCACCAGCCAGGUUGUCAAGCAGCCGAGCCUGUGAGAACCCAGGUUACGCUGAGAUGAGGAAAAAGGGGUCAUCCACCGUGAUGUUACACCGACCACGGAUCUCAUCAGCCAAAUCUCUUCAAAGAAGAAACAACAGUGAAUUCAUGAUCACUGAAUUACCAGAGUGACAACAAAACAUGACGCUUACCCUUUGAAGGGUACUUUGAUGAUGAAGUUAGCCCCGAGCCCCGACUGUGGCGUGUGGGAACGUGUGUGUUAUAAAGCUUGCGGAACAGACACCACUCACUGGGCUCUACCUGUGCUCUCUGAUAAAGGAGGUACGACCAGCGCUGGGACUGCCUUGUCCGUCGCCACCGCUGCAAGGGCCUUUUUUUCUGAAUGCAGCUUUACACUUCUUUCAUUUUUUCUGGAUUUAUAUAGAUACAAUGAGGUUUGAUUAGGAAAUAUAUUAACAGUUGAGCCUUUUCUGUCGUUAAGGAACAUUUGGGCAUGAAAAAAUUAUUGAAGAUUUUUAUUUUUAUUUUUUUUUUCAUUUUACAGUGUAUGCACUUAAUUAUAUAUAUACUGUAUAUUGAAAUGAUGAUGAAAAUGAGAUGACACAAUAACUUGUUAUGAUAUCGAGAGCAUAAUAAUGAAGAAUUCUGUAAUGUCACUAGUCACUGGAAAAAAUUAAUCAUUUCUCUGAAUUUGUGUGUUAG